UUACACAAUCAAAGGAUUCAAAUUAAAUUUCAUACAUUGUGAUGAGCAUGUCUAGUUCAAGAUAUUUACAUAUUAUAAUUGCUCUCAUCUUCUUCUCAAUUAUUCCAUUCAAAUCUGAGGGACAAUUUCAUGAUUGGUGCAUAGCUGAUGAACAAACACCAGAUGAUGAGUUGGUACAAGCCCUCAAAUGGGCAUGUGAAAAUGGAGCUAAUUGUACAAAAAUACAAGAGAAUCAACCAUGUUACCUUCCAAAUACUGUGAGAGGACAUGCCUCUUAUGCAUUCAAUAGUUACUACCAAAACAUGAAACAAAAAGGGGCUAGUUGCUACUUCAAUUCUGCUGCUCUUUUAACUGCCAAAGAUCCAAGCCAUGAUGCUUGCAAAUUUGAGGUUAUUCCUUGAUCAAUCUUGUUUCCCAGAGUUGAAUUAAAUUUGUGUUAUUUCUUCUUUUGUCUAUUUUAUAUGCUUUAAUUUUUUUUACUUACAUAAACGAAUUUUACUUAAAUAUGUGACAAUUUUUGUUUGAGUAUCCAAUGUCAUUCUUAGUUUACCUCUCUUA